AUGGAUUGCACCGGAGUUUCUGGCAAGAUUGGUGGAAAGGUCGGUGGAAAGGUUGGUGGAAAGGUCGGUGGAAAAGGCAAGGCAGGGUCUGGUAAGGGCAGUAAAAAACAACCAACUUCUAGGGCUGCACGUGCCGGACUACAGUUUCCAGUUGGUCGUAUACAACGUAUGCUGAAGACUCGCAUUCCUUGCGACUGCCGUGUCGGUUCUACUGCUUCUGUUUAUGCUGCGGCUAUUAUGGAAUAUUUAACAGCUGAGGUACUUGAGUUAGCUGGUAACGCCUCGAAGGAUCUGAAAGUAAAGCGUAUAACACCCAGACACUUGCAACUUGCUAUUAGGGGAGAUGAAGAACUUGAUUCCUUAAUAAAAGCUACAAUAGCAGGCGGUGGUGUUAUUCCCCAUAUUGAAAAGUCCUUAAUGAGCAAGACUCUUAUGGGGAAAAAGGGUAAGAAAGGUAUGAGCCCAUAA